AUGGAACGAAUGCUUCAUUUUUUAAACCGUUUUGGUGGUGUUAGUUUGAUUCUUCGCCAGCCUGCAAUUUUGAAUUAUGAUCUGGAGGCACAAUUGGCUCUAAGAAUUGAGUUUUUCUUGGAUGCAAGUAGGAAGAGGAAAUUGCAUCCCAGAAUCGAUUUUCUUAUGCAGUGUGGGUUGAAUUCACAGGACAUAUUUAAGUUCUUGACCAAGGCACCAUUGUUCUCAAGUCUUUCAUUUGAGGAGAAUCUAGCAUGCAAGCUGGUUUUCUUAGUGAAGUAUGGAUAUGAGAAUAUGACAAGGGCAUUGGCUAUGGCAAUGGGAGCUGUUACUCGUACCAGCUGCAAGAAUUUGUAG